CAGCCACAUCCUACGCAAUCUGAUAUCACUGCUGUAGGACCUUAAGCUCUUGGCUUUUAAACAAAACCUGCUCACUUCUACUGACUUUAUCCUCUGAUCUUCUUAAUCACCAUACUCAACCUCGUAGCAAUUCUAAAAUUCCACUUUACGAGCUGCUAAUAUUGCUUUUCUUGCGACGACUGACUACUAGGUACAUCACUGACGACGUCAUAGCAUUUACUUGUGGUCAGCUUCACCUAUACACCUCUCAAACACACCUCAAGUCCUAAACCUUUCAAAGGAAAAUGAAUCCCUCUGAUGUUCCAGAUGAACCUCCGCCUUCAUACGCUGAGAGUCAGAACCAGCAUAAGAAGCUGCCGGCGCAACCUCCGCCUGCAGCUGUAGCUCCUCCAUCAAAAGCAUCGUCAUCAGCAUCACAAGCUCCUCCAGCUGCCGGCCCCAGCCAACCACCAGCUGUCCCACGCCAAUUCCCGCCGGCGUUCAAUCUCUACUAUCAAGGAUGGCCCAACAAUUCCUAUACACUUGCUGAACACCAAAACCACCCUCUCUAUCUCUACUCCGCACAUUCCGGCCUGAGUGAUCUGCCACCAAUUCUCUUGCACUCUGGUCCAGGCCCGUCAUACUCGCCGCUGGCCUCUGCAAGUUUCAUGUUCAUGAGCGCUAGCUUCGAAGUCGAAUUGCCGCCAGUGCCAGGUUCGGGAGCUCCAUUGGCACGCGAGGUAAUUGAACCAGUAGGUUCACACAGUGGUCUUGGCACAGGCUAUAGCUUUGCUAUUGAAGUCGGACCCGGAGGCAACGGACCACGAGAGAGAUUCGAAUGGAGGCGCUCACGUGGAGAUGUGAUAGCAAGCUUGGGUGGUCACUACUACGGUUGGAAGCUUGUGCGUAUGAAUCAAGGUGCUCCUGGAGGAGGAAAUACGGCAUUUGCGCCAGGUGGCUUCAGAGACAGCCGAGGAAACGAAGUUGUUGCAGCUUGGACGAUGGGCGAUGGAAGAAGUUUGACAAAGGUUGCGCAUUUUCGAUUCAUGGGGACGGGUUUGACAGGACUCCUUGGCGAGAGAUGGGCUAUUAUGGUGGUGAUAACAGGGUUGGCCUUAUUCCACAGAGACCGAAGGUGAUCAGCCUUGACUCUUCUCUCAAAGGCAUGGCUUGCAUCUCGGUCGUAAUUUAUGUACCAUAUACCCCCACUGCACAAUACUAACAUCCUAAUAUGAGCUGCAGGUAUUUUCACAAUAUAACCAUUGUGAUAAGAUUUCUAUUCAGUGUUGUAUGAUGCUCCUGAGGUGUAACUACACUUUAUGGAGAAUGUGUCUCUAGAUUCUCUGUGAUCCAUACG